AUGCCUCGAGUACCUUACGUCUUUCCCCCUGCCGGGAGCGAUGCUGUGGCAGAUGCCAUCCGUCAGAGACGGGGGGCGAGGGGACUGACAUCUCUUGAUGGCAUGCUGCUCAACGCUCCGCCCAUCGCUCAAGGAUGGAACACACUGCUAGGAGCCGUGAGGACGGGUAGUCAGCUGGAGGGCGAUUUGCGAGAAAUCAUGGUGCGUUCCUUCCGACGCCGGUGUCGACGCAAAGCAGGCCAACGUGAAUUCUCAACACUGCCUUGCUUACUUGUGCUUUCAUCAUUCUCAUCAAGAUUUUGAGGGUCGCCGCUAGAAACAAAGCAGCCUUUGAAUGGAUCCAGCACGAAAAGGUGGCGCGCGAAGAGGGUGUCAGCACGGAGCAACUUACUCGUAUUGGCGACCUUGGCGUGCCAGCUUUGUCUUCUACCAGGCCAGGAGCUGGCUCGUUGUCGAGCAUCCAAGCUGCAAUGCUUUCAUUAGCAGACGAAAUGACGACCAAGGUGCAUGUAUCGGAUGAGACGUUCGAGGCAGCUAGAUCCGCUUUUCAAAAAGAUGGAGAGGACGAGACUGCAGCGAAUAGAAAGGUCGUCGAGGCAGUGGCUACCACCGCAGUGUACAACAUGGUCUCGCGAUUUCUAGUGGCGCUGGACAUCGAUGACAAAGCAGCUGCACCCGUGCCAGUGCCCGGUAUGGACACUUUCUCUCCUGUCACAGCAUCAGACGACACCUCUUAUCGCUACAUCGACGUCAAGACAGGAGGUGGAUGCAGGUUGGCGAGUAGCGUAAGCUUCGCGAGAGUCAACGCUCCUUGGAUCAUCCUUGUCAACUCUCUGAUGACAAACCUCACAAUGUGGAACUGGGUCUUGCCGCACUUUCAAAAGGCAGGCUAUAACGUAAUCUGGUACGAUCAAAGAGGGCACGGAAGGUCUAGCGUUCCGGGUGAAGCAUGUACCAUGGAAAUCCUGGCUGAUGACGUCGCCGAAAUCCUCUCUGCGUACGGCAUCGACAAGGCGUACGCAGUCAUCGGCGUAAGUCAAGGUGGUGCUACAGCGCUGUCUUUUGCAGUCAGACAUCCGCGACUAGCCGAACGCGUUAUUGCAUGCGACACACAAGCCUCGACUCCUAGCGCCAAUGUUCAGGCUUGGAACGACAGGAUAGACUUGGCAAGGAGAGAGUCCAUGUCGCAUUUGGCUGAUCAGACUGUGCCUCGCUGGUUUGGCGAGCAGACAAACGCGACUCUCGAAGUCAGAGACAAGCUGCACGAACUCGUAUCCACAACGUCCGCCGAGGGGUUCGAAAAGGGUGCCCGAGCACUGCAGAGCUACGAUCUGCUUCAAGCUGGUCUGCUGGAUGCGUUGGCGAAGACGAAGACUCUGCUGAUCGCAGGACAGCACGACGGCAAACUACCAGAGACGAUGCGAGCGCUGGCUCAGCAGGUGCGGGACCAAGACUCGAGCGCCAAUGUGCAGUUCGAAGCCAUCCCCGCGUCUGGCCACUUGCCAAUGUGCGACAAUCCGGACAAGUGGUGGGAGGUGGUAGGAGCUUGGUUGGCCAAGUAG